UAUGGGGAAUCUUGCAUUGUGUGGACCUUCUCAAUUGCAAGUUCCACCAUGCAAAAAAAGCACUCAUCGAAAAUCAAGGGCUAAAAAGGUUUUCCUGUCGAUUCUUUUGCCAACAUGCAUUGCAAUCUCAUUAGUUGUCCUAGUUCCUAUGUCUUUGUUUAUCUGGAAAAGGAGAACAAGGCCAACUACCAAUGUCGAUUUUUGUCCUGGAGGAACAUGGAGAAAAAUUUCUUACCAGGAACUUGUGAGAGCAACAAAUGGAUUCAAUGAGAACAACUUGCUUGGGAAAGGAAGUUACAGUUCAGUUUACAAAGGAAGAUUAGAUGACGGAAUGGAGGUUGUAGCAAAAGUAUUUCUUUUGGAUUUUGAAGGAGCUCUUACAAGUUUUGAAACUGAAUGUGAAGUGAUAAGAGGUGUUCGUCAUCGAAAUCUUGUCAAAAUCAUCAGUAGUUGUUCAAAUGAUGACUUUAAAUCUUUGAUACUUGAAUACAUGCCUAAUGGGAGCUUGGAGAAAUUGAUGUUCUAUGAGAAGAAUGUUUUGGACAUUUCUCAUAGAUUGAAUAUAAUGAUCGAUGUUGCUUCAGCUUUGGAAUAUCUCCACUUUGGCUAUUCAAUCCCAAUCAUUCAUUGUGACGUAAAGCCAAACAAUGUCCUACUAGACGAACAUAUGGUUGCACAUUUGAGUGAUUUUGGCAAUGCAAAGCUCUUAGGUGAAGAAAACUCCAUGACACAAACAAAGACCCUUGCCACCAUUGGUUAUAUGGCACCAGAAUAUGGGAGAGAAGGAAAGAUAUCUAGACAAGGAGAUGUGUACAGCUAUGGUGUCAUGCUAAUGGAAACAUUUACCAAGAAGAAGCCAACAAAUGAAAUGUUUAUAGAAGAAAUGAGCUCAAGGAGGUGGGUUAGUGAAUCAUUAUGCAGCACAGUGAUGCAAGUCGUGGACACAGACUUGCUUAGAAGGGAUGAUGAACAUUUCUUAAGCAAGGAAGAAUGUGUGUCAUCUAUCUUAAGCUUGGCUAUGGAGUGUACAAGAGAAUCACCUCUGAACAGGAUCACCAUGAAAGAAGUAGUGACAAGACUCAUCAAAAUCAAAGCCCAACUUGCAGAAAUCGAAACAAGAAAAGAUAGAAAUGGAAGAACUGGCUAGCCAACAUCCUUUCAAUGAGACAGCCUGACUUUGGCAACCUUCUACCUCUGCCAUGAGUUUGAUGGCAAGUAUAUGCAUGUUAUAAGGUCAACUUUGAUUAAAAACAAGUUCUUGUAAUGAAUUUUUAAAUUUGAUGGAUCUUAGUAAUGAUAAAGUAUAGGGGUUUUGAAA